AUCCCCGCGUGCGACCGACCGACCGGCUGGCUGGCUGGCGGGCGAGUGAGUGAGGCAGAGAGCGAGACUCGGGCAAGCCCAUUGUCUGCGCCGAGGUGCCGGCGGGAAGCGAGCGAGGAGCGAAGGCGCACAACCGGUCUCCAGAGAGCGAGGCGAGCGAGCGCGCGAGCACAACACACACACACACACACACACACACAUACACACACACACACACAACCAGGCAAGCCAACCAAGAAGCUGCGCCCGGGCGCGAUGCGGGGCGCCAGCCGCCGCUUUGCAGCUGCCGAGAGGCUCCUCCGACACCCGGGCCGGGCUCGGGGCAGCGGCAGCUGCUGAAGAGGGAAGGAGGCCGGGCCGGCGCCGGCGCCCCAAACUUCGCCCUUUUGCCUUGACAGGGCGCGCCUUUUCUUCCUCCCUCCCCUCGCCGCCCCAUGGAGACGCUGAGCGCCGUGAGGGCGAAAGUAGGGGCCAGGAGCCCCGGCGGCUGCGAGGCGGGCGGCACCGGCGAGCCCCAACCCGCGCCGUCCUCGAGUCCUGCCGGUCGAGGCUCUCCGGCGCACCCGGCGCCGGACUCGCCCGCUUAUCGACUGGAGGAUCUGGAGACCUUAGCCACUGUCGGGACAGGUACUUUUGGGCGGGUUCAUCUGGUGAAAGAGAAAUCGGCCAAAUGCUACUUUGCAUUGAAAGUAAUGAGCAUUCCAGAUGUCAUUCGACUAAAACAAGAACAGCAUGUGCACAAUGAAAAAGCGGUCUUGAAAGAAGUGAACCAUCCAUUUCUGAUCAGAUUAUUUUGGACUUCCCAUGAUGAACGCUUUCUAUAUAUGCUGAUGGAAUAUGUACCUGGGGGUGAACUUUUUAGUUAUCUGCGCAACAUGGGACGCUUUAAUAACAGCACUGGACUGUUUUACUCUGCAGAGAUUAUUUGUGCAAUAGAAUAUCUUCAUUCAAAAGAAAUUGUUUACAGAGACUUAAAGCCUGAAAAUAUUUUACUAGACAAAGAGGGGCAUAUAAAACUCACCGAUUUUGGAUUUGCUAAAAAGCUGGUUGAUAGGACAUGGACGCUCUGUGGGACCCCGGAAUAUCUUGCCCCAGAAGUCAUACAGAGUAAAGGUCACGGAAGAGCUGUAGAUUGGUGGGCCCUCGGCAUUCUGAUAUUUGAGAUGCUGUCUGGGUUUCCUCCAUUCUUUGAUGACAACCCUUUUGGAAUAUAUCAGAAGAUUCUUGCUGGUAAAAUAGAUUUCCCCAGGCAUCUGGAUUUAUAUGUAAAGGACCUUAUUAAAAAACUUCUUGUGGUUGACCGAACAAGACGGCUAGGAAACAUGAAGAAUGGAGCUGAUGAUGUGAAGAGGCACAGAUGGUUCAGGUCUGUAGACUGGGAUGCUGUACCACAGAGAAAAUUAAAGCCUCCUAUAGUUCCGAAGGUAUCAAAUGAUGGUGAUACAUCCAACUUUGAAGCAUAUCCUGAAGAUGACUGGAACAAAAUGCCUCCUGUACCUCCUAAAGAUUUAGAAAUUUUCAAGAACUUCUAAAUGCGAGACACAAAAUGUCAUUAAGAAACUGGAAGAUUAUUAAUGUGCUAGUUGGGAACUGGCAAAGAAGAACUUGAAAAAAGUUAUGAAGAAUUUUUUUGAAAUGAGUGAAAGAAUGUUACUUCAUUAUUCAUAAAGAAAUAAUGUUAAAAGUUGGGAAAGGGUCAAUAAGUUUAGUUGUAUGGAUUUGGCAUUAGUUCAGUAAACUAAAAUACUGAAGCGCCUACCCUGAGAUGUAGACUUUGAAACUGUUAUAGUUUUUUGGGAUUUUUUUUUAAAAAAAGAAACAGUUAUUUUUAGUUUUGUUUCUUGCUAUGCCCAAAUAUUUUUGCAUAGUUAUCUCAUUGACUAACUUUAUAAGUUUAUACUAAGAUUGUCAUUUAAAGCACAGAUUAGAAUAUGUGUAUAUAAAGAAAUCAAUACAGAAAAAGGCACAGAAACUGUGCUAAAAUGUAAAUUUUUGUACUUUACAGAGUCUAUGGUUUUUAUUCUUAAAUGGUUUUUCAAGAUGCCCCCUAGAAGAAGAAAAUAUUAAAAUGAUCAAUAGGUUUUUCAGCAUCUUCUAUACGUUUUAUAAUUCUUUGUAAAAAGAAAUAUACAAGAAAAUUUUGAGAAAAUUGUAACAUUUCCAGCGCUCCACACCUGCAGCCCUACUAUUUGAAAGCUGAAAGAUAACGGGCCUGUAUGUUUUGUUUAGAUUGCAUAAUGUUUUCUUUAUGAAGUUGAGUUGAAAUUAUGUCCAUGCAAAUCAUGAUUCUUGAUUACUGCAGACUAUGUAAAGACUAUGUAAAGUGAAAUCAUGGCAAGAUCGUACCUGUUCUCUGAGUUUAGGUUUAGAACUGUUGCACUUACAGGGACCUGAAGAUCAUCUAAAUAAAUAUUCUGUCGUAUGCACUGUUUCAUACAUGAACUACCAUCACUGAAUAACUGCAACCUAAGAUGAUAGCUUGGUGCAUGAAACAAACAUUCACCACAGAUCAACUGCUACACUCAGAUUUCACAUUACAUAAGUAUCAUUUCAGAAAACAAGGCUAUUCACAUGGUCUUCUGAGUCGUCAUCAUGAAAAUUAAUGAACAUCCUUGUGUGUAAAUGAAGAUUCUACAGAUUCUGAAGUAGAAUCUUCUACAUGUCAAUUAAUGCCAUUCAUACUGCUUGAAAUAAACCAGAAUAUGUAGAAUUAGGACUAUAUAUUUACAAGAUUCCAAGGUUGAGCUCAACAGGCAAGGAGAACCUGUGGCCUUCUAGAUGUGGCUGAGCUACAAGUCCCAUUCCUUUGAUCAUUGGCCAUAUCAGCUGGGACUGACUAGAGUAGGAAACAUAUGAAGGGUUAUGAUGUGUCGAAGUUCUUUGAGCUGUUUAAGCUUACUUAUUUCUGGCAAGCUUAACUUUGAACUGGCAUGUAUGUUUAUAAAUAAAAUUUCAGCAGUUGCGCAUUCCGAGAAAUAUUUGUUGUAUGUGAAAUUCUCUCCAAUGAUGGCUUUAGACACCUAUCAAGGUUAUAGAUGUUUGGUCUGUACAUUUGAAGAAGUUGUUUAAAAUAAUCAAUGACUGAUUCUUCUCCCCAUAGUCUGCAGGUCCUUACUGUUAGGUGGCUCAUGCAUAUGCAAUUUAAGACUUGUCCAGUUUUCUGGUCUCUCCCAAUCAGUUUCCCCCACAGACCUUUACUGUGACUAUUUGAACCUGAGAUGCUACAAGAACCCCAUAUUUCUUUUACUGUACAUAAUAUCACAUUUUUUAGACCACAUUGUGGGGGAAACUGACUCCAAAAAGAGAAGAUAGUAUGCCUUGCAAGUGGCAGGGGAUUGAAACUUUUCACAAUUUCCUGUCACCUACUCAGUAUCAAAUGAGUUCUAGUGCUGUUCCUUCCGCAGUUAGCACAAUCUAUCUGCCAGCGAAUAAGUGACUGUUUUGCUGUUACUACAUAUGCUGAUUCUUAACACACAACGUUUGUGUGUCUUGCAUAAUUCUUCCGAGAUAAACCUUCCAAAUCUUGACUUCCUGUGUUGCAGAAUCUUGGCAUUUGAUGUGCAGUAAAUUAAGGUGCUUGCAAACAGAGUACUUCUGUUUGUUUCUAGCUUGCAGCAGUUUUAUCAGUUGGAACCAUGUUAAGCAAGAAAAACAGUGGAUACAGGAAGACAUGCUGCUUAAUUCGCACAUAACACUCAGCCAAACCACAACUUGGCAGAAUGCACAUGUUCCUGGACAGGAGUUUGUGAGCUGUAAACCAAGAACAAACCUUGGUGCAGCUCAUAAUUUGUCUGAAGCAAAAGAAACAAUGAGCCCAGGUUUGCAUGGCACACUAAGCCCAAACCAUGGGUAGCUCAAAACAGGAAAAAUGGAACAGCCUCUUCUGUGGGAGAAUGUAUGUUCAUGCUAAGUCAUGAUUUGCCUUAUUGUUAUAUGCAAAUUGAGCCAAUGUAUUCUAUGAGUUGGUUUCCUAUUCCAUAAAUUUAUAUCCUCUGAAUUCAGUUAUACUAUUACAACUUCUUUCUCAAUGAAAAAAAUACUGAAAUUGUGCUUCCAAUAAGUAAGUAGGACAGUAACAUUUCCUUAGCUGUGAAAGUUAUACCCGGGAAUUGUGGCUUUCAUUUGGCAAGCUAAUCGUCCAUAAAAGAAAUCAAUUAUGUAUUGUAAAUUAAAUUCUGCACAGGAAGAAACUGAAUCUUCAUUUGUAUGAACGACAGGUGCAUUUUAGAAUGUAGCUUCCCUCAGCAUAAACCAAUGUUUCUCAACCUUUUUUGGGCCA